CUUUCCAAAACUAGCGCUUACUGUUUUGCACGGCCAUAGUCUCGAUCCCCACCGAGUCCAGCAAACAGCACCACCCCACCCUCUUCGCGGCUCCGGCAGCCGCGCCACCAUGGCUUCUCCUGCGGGGGCUAACAGCGGGGCCUCCUCCUCGAGAGGGACACCCUUGCCUUUGCCCUUCCCCUUCCCCGCUGCGGCGCACUUCCCCUCCCGCGGCGCCGGUCCCUUCCUGUCGCAGCACUAUCACCCGCCCUCCACCUCCGACGGCGACGAUGAGGUCGAAGAAGACGAGGGAAGCAUGGACGACGGCAGCGCCGAAGAGGAUGAUGCCGAGCUGUCCGACGGAGGGGCUCUCGGCUCGCCGCGGCGACGCGCCUUCUCCGCUCCAGGUGAACCAAGGGUUUGCGCAGAGGCUUUCAGGUAUUGGACGUAUGGAGAUAAAUGGGGGAAAUGGAGUGAGGUCAAUCCAAGAGGGGCAGCAAUGGCAUUUAUGUAACCAUGGAAUCGAGAUUGGGCGUCCAUCACCAGGAGGGGAUGAACCUGGUACCAUCCCCAGAGAUGUGAGAGUGGAGAAUGGGCAUGGAGUUGUUGGAAGAAGAGACGGGGGUCCUGCAUCCAGCUAUUGGGACCUGUUGAGAGCACACCUCUCUGAUCCUUUAACAGGUGUUCUCAUGGAUGAUGCAUUGAUUUUAUCAUGUGGCCAUUCAUAUGGAAGUAGUGGAAUGCAACAUGUCUACAGAAUGAAAGCUUGUGGUAAGUGUGGCAUGCCAAUUACUGAGGCCGCCAUUCGACCAAACUUGGCUCUUCGCCUUGCAGUUCAGGCAUUCAAACGUGAAGAAGACUCAGCAAAGUCAUUGAAAAGAAGAAGAGAGCGCCUUGAACUGGAUAAAUGUGGUGACGAUGAUCCAAAUCGAACUGAACUUGCUACUAGAGGUAAAGGUGUGCAGUUUCCUUUUUCUGUCUUCGACAGGGUCAUAAUCAAGGGAAACAAGAGGACCCCGGAACGGUUUGUGGGACGUCAAGCAGUUGUGACAGCGCAGUGCUUAAAUGGAUGGUAUGUUGUGAAGACUUCAGACAACGCAGAGAGUGUGAAGCUGCAAUACCGUUCCUUGGCAAAGGUUGCUGAUGGCAAUGGGCCUUCUGGUCUUGUCCCAAGCAAUGUCCAAAGUACAAGCUGGCUAUAGGCUACAACAGUACCGGUAGUAGGCCCCAAGCCCCUCUUCAACUUCACGCAUUUGCUGAGGUUCUGCGAUGACGUGAGCAUGCCAAAUUCAGAUUAGGCUUGCUUUGCCUUUGUCCCCUCUUUUUGUAUCCUGGGGACGCGGAUCUUGUGAGUAUGGCCAAAGAAAUGUUUACUACUUUAGCAGUGUUGGAAACGCGUGACAUCACUGGUUACGAGUAGUUUUAGCCGUCUUCUGUCUAGCGGUGUGGCCGGUAGUGGCAGCAUGCGUCUGCAGAGAACAUAUCUGGUACACAUAAAAGUUUAGUGCACAUGAUUUAUAUAUUAAAUUAUCACUAUCUAUUUUAGAUCUAA